GUUAUUGAGUCAAGAGAAUAUGGCUGUACAUUAAAAAAAUAUAAAAAACUGCCGAAAUCGCACGCUCAUUAUUUAAAAAAUGAAAUGUUUCUGAAUUACGGUCAUUUCUGCUAAAGUUUAUUAUACAUUAUUAUAUUAAUAAGUAAAAUAAAAUAAGAGGGGAAUAAAUAUGGAAUAGCUGGAAAUCGAGAACUUGUGUUUAGAACGUCAAGAACAGUAUAUAACAAAUAAUAGAAAGAACAAGCAUAUUUGAAAAAGUAGAUUUUAGUAAGAAAACCGAGAGUUGAGAGACAGAGGAGGAUCCAAAGGGGCACAUGGGGAUGUCCAACCACCACCACCACCAGCAACAACAAAAACGACUACAACAAAAUAAUUUGUUUCAGGUGCCUGCCUCUAGGUCUCCGUUCCGGUCGAACCCUCUCAAAGUUCUCUACGAGCGCGAACAAUGAAAUAAAUCCCAAAAGAAAAUAAUAGAGCUGUACAAAAUACAUUGAUCGAAACGAAGGGGCUUGUACGUGCAUAUCUCGUCAUUGAUCAAACACCUUUUCGCAGUCAUGCUGACAAAUGCAUGAAACAUUAGCAGACGAAAAGAGCUCACUCACGUCAUAGGGUCUUUUUCUGUUUCACCAUUCAUUAUUACAUCAUAGCAUUAUAUCGCUAUUAUCACCGCUCCGUGGGACGUUAUGUUCACAAUUUCGUCAAGUGUUCAACUGUAUAGCUUACAGAAGUGCUAUGACUUUGUUGAAAUGCAACGUCAUUGUGUGUUUUGCAUUUGUAUUUGCAGACUGGGUAUCUCAUGAACAAUCGCACGUAUUUUGCAGAUCUAAAGUUCGGUUUCGUUUCGUGUGUUUUAACGUGCUUAUCGUAUAUAGUUCAAUUUGCAGCCGCUGAAUUUGGAAUACGCAUACAAGAUAUAUUGAUGAGAAGAGGAAUCUGGAUUGUGAGGAAGGGAAGGAGACAGUGUCACUUAUCUAUAUAUCACAUGGUAUUUUCGAAUAAACCAGGUGCAUUUUUGUCCAGGUCAUCAUGGAGUGGAUCGUACAAUCCGAUACAAGCUUAUGGCUCAUGACAGGUGCCAUCGCAUUGGUGGUCAUGUGGUUUGUGAAGGGUUUAAUGUCUCGACCCAAGAACCUUCCACCAGGGCCAGUGGGGCUGCCAUUCCUGGGAGUAGCGUGGGAAAUGAUGAGGGCUAAACCCGACCCCCUCGCUCUGUACUCGUCCUGGGCGGACCAGUAUGGCGACGUCGUGUCCUUCAAGGUAGGCCCCAUGACCUUUGUGCUCCUGAACUCUUACGAGGUCAUUGUGGAAGCCUUCAGCCACCCCGACCUCAACAACCGACCCAAGAGCCAGAUGGUAGAAGAGGCUCUCGGACUUGCUAAUAAUGGGGUCAUACUUGCCAACGGAAAGGUAUGGGAGGAGCAGCGAAAGUUCGCCCAUUCUGUCUUCCGCAGUCUCGGAGUUGGCAAGAAGAGCUAUGAGGACACCGUGGCAACCGAGAUGGACCAACUCAGGGCAGCCAUAGAGGAGAAGGAGGGGUCUUCGUUUGAUCCAAACCUCCUCUUCGGACAAGCCGUUGCAAACAUCGUCUGUUCCGUUGCCUUCGGAACGCAAUAUAAAUACUCUGAUGUCGAAUUCAGACAGAUUUUGAAUCUCAUGAAUGACAACAUGGAGUUAUCGAGCGGCGGAGGGGCACUUCUAUUCCUCCCACUGCCCGGGAUAUCUAAGAUUCCUUUUGGGGCGCCGAAAAAGAUGGUCAAGAACAUGAAGGAGGUUAACAAGUUUCUCCUGAAUCAGAUUGAAAGCCACGAGAAAUGUCUGGACCUGGACCAUCCCAGGGACUUCAUCGACCUCUAUCUCAAGAAGAUGGCCGAAACAAAGGUUUUGGAGACAUCCUCCUACUCGAAGAUUAACCUGAACUCGGCUAUAGGUGAUCUCCUCUUCGCGGGAACUGAAACGACCACCACCACUCUCAAGUGGUGCAUCCUCUACAUGAUGGCGCAUCCCGAGAUGCAGUCACGUGUUCAGAGAGAGCUUGAUCACGUGGUAGGCAGAGAGAGACUUCCGAGGCUGGACGAUCGGAACGACCUUCCCUACACGAAUGCAGUCCUGAUAGAGGUUCAGCGUAAGGGAGCCGUAGCAGCAUUGGGUGUGCCCCACGUAGCGGCUGAAGACACCUCGUUCAGAGGCCACACUAUACCAAAGGGCGCCACCAUUUUGUCCAACAUCUGGAAGGUGCUGAACAGCGAGGAGCUCUGGAAAGAUUCUGAUGCCUUUAAACCUGACAGGUUUCUGACCGAAGACGGCAAGCUGAUUAAGAGGGAAGAACUUAUAUUUUUCAGUGUCGGUCGUCGAGUGUGUUUAGGAGAGCAGCUAGCUCGGAUGGAAACCUUCCUCGGGUUUACGAGUCUCCUUCAUAGAUUCACCUUCAAGAAACCAGACAACUCACCACCAUUGUCGUUUGAGGGCGUCCUAGGUAUCACGAGAAAUACCAUGCCUUACUUGACAUGCGCACUGAGUAGGGACUAACAAUGUCGUGAUUUUUAUUUUAAAAAAUACUACUGACCAAGAAAAAACAAACGACCAAACAAAAUAAAACACGACUUUAUGAUUGUUCAUAUACUGGUUUAUUAUUUUACUAUCCUCGUGUGACACUUUCACCAA